AGUUAUGUGUGCCCGUAUAGACAAGUAAUUAGUUUUUUGGGGGUGUAGUGGGAUGGGGGAGAUUGAUGAGUUGACGAAAGAAUUGGAGGUCGUGAAGGCAGAGGAGGAAACUCUACUCUCGCUCAAACAAAUCAUCAGUCAUCAGCUAAGUCAACUAGAGCUGGAAGAAGUGGCACUGCGGGAGAUCAUCAGUCUAGAGCAGCAUACGAGACAAUUGGUUGGACCAGAGUUAGAGUACAGCGAUCAGGAGCUGCAGGUAACGGGGGCGCAGCACUCACACCUCCCUCAAAUGAAUAACCGCAGCGUCGAAGAAGACAAUAAAUUCAAUGACUUGCACCAUGUCUCUUUCAAUCAGACCAAUACUAGCGAUGACACCGCGAACUAUAUUUAUGGAAGUGGUAGCCACACCACUGGUCAAAUAUCAUCACAAAUCGCAGCUGGAGAGGACGAUUUAACCGAUAAUACUUUUGAUUUGACUUCUAACUCAUCAUUGGCUCCACUUAACGAAUAUGAUCUGCAAUUUCUAUCAACCUCUGACUCAAUAGUGCGAUUAGAAGACAAGCAAAUUAUGAGUAAGAAGAGUGACGAUAACGCUGUGUCAGAAAAGCAACUUGGUUGCAGUUUGGAUGCUAUCCCAGUUCUAUCGUUUAAUGACCUUGACCCCAAUAAGCAGAUUGCGGUAGCUGAAAACAAUUUCGAACAAGACAAUGAAUUCGAAGCUGAAGAAGAUGAAAUUCCUUAGAAUUAUGCUAAAUAUCUUUAUUAGUCAACAGAAAGAAACUAUUCAUUU